GCGGCGGCAGCUCUCAGAGCCGGCUGAGCCGCCCGGGGCACUGCGGAGACCCGGCGAAGUCCCUUCUCCGGAGGCUUUGGUGGAGCAGCGGCAGCAGCGACAUGACUUCGGCGGCGCUGGAGAUUUUGGGGCUGGGGCUGGGCAUCCUGGGCUGGGUGGGGGUGAUCCUGGCCUGCGGGCUGCCCAUGUGGCAGGUGUCCGCCUUCAUCGACGUGAACAUCGUGGUGGCGCAGACCAUCUGGGAAGGGCUGUGGAUGAACUGCGUGGUGCAGAGCACGGGGCAGAUGCAGUGCAAGGUGUAUGACUCCAUCCUGGCGCUGCCGGCCGAGGUGCAGGCGGGCCGGGCACUCACCGUCAUCGUGGCGCUGCUGGGGCUGGUGGCAUUGAUGGUGACCGUGGUGGGCGCGCAGUGCACCAACUGCAUCCGGCCCGGCAAGAUGAAGUCCCGCAUUGUGAUCGCCGGCGGGGCCAUCUACAUCCUCUGCGGGGUCCUGGUCCUCGUCCCACUCUGCUGGUUUGCCAACAUCGUCAUCAGCGACUUCUACGACCCCACCGUGCCGCCGUCCAAGAAGCGGGAGAUGGGGGCUGCGCUCUACAUCGGCUGGGCGGCCACAGCCCUGCUGCUCUUCGGGGGCUGCCUCAUCUGCUGCUGCUCCUGCUCCCAGCGUGAUGAGACCUCCUUCCCCGUCAAGUACUCGGCGCCACGGCGGCCCACCUCCAACGGCGAGUAUGACAAGAAGAACUACGUCUGAGCGGGACUGUCCCACGCCCUGGCCCUGCAGGGGCAUGGACAGAUGGCUGCCGGCCGGCCGGCACAGGGCUUCAUGCUGGGAGCCUCCUUGGAGGGCUCCGGUGCUCCCCUGCCUAGAGUCCCUUCUUAACGGGGACCCCCGUAAAGCAGCUGCCCUAGGCAGGCCAGCGCCCUGCUGCCCGCCAGCCCGGCUACCUGGUGGGUCUGGCUGCUCGGCUGUGGGCAGUGCCGUGCUCGGCACCACCGGGGACCCGGUACUGACCACUGAGCACAGCCCUCCCCGGCCGCACCGCGUCGCCGAGGCAGCCUCUCCCGGCCCGGGGUGGCCGGGGGCACCGAGGAGCCCCGACAGCCUCUGCUGGGAUGCCCCGUCCAGGCCCGGGCUCUCCGCAGCUCCCGCCACCACUGGCAGCCCGUCUCCAGCCUUACCGUCAGACUUGUGAGUACUUCACCGCCCGCCCUUGCUGCAGGUGCCACCCGGGGCAGCACAGGGCUGGGGCGCCUGGGCCGUCCGGUGUGCCCCGUGCCGAGGAGAAGCUCCCCUUCUUCAUUGUCUCUCUGGAAAACCCACGUCUGGCUGUUCCCGCUAGGACUGUUGCUGGUUAGGGGGUUUUGUUCUUCUGUUUGGGCAACUAAACCAGGGAUUCUGUCUUAAGCAUGACACUAACCUUGGCCCUUAAUCCCCCAGGCAAAUAGCUGUUUGGAGAUGAGUGCUUGAUUUUCUUCAGUUGUUCCAGUCCCUCAGAGAAGUGUGUUGGUCUGUAUGUCUCUGAGACCUUUGAAAGGGUUUUCUAUCUGUUGCUGUCCUUUAGUGGAGUACAAAUCUGAUUAUAUUAGGUUGCCCCUGAGGUUCUUCAUCCCCCCUCCGUCACCAACUUCUGUUCUGUUUUUACUUGAAUAUGAACUUGUUGCCAGAACCAUUGGAGAACUGGGUUCAGAGACCCAGGAGACCUUUGUAUGUCCUGGCUCUGCGGGGCAUCACUCUGCAUCCUCUCAUCUGCACUACAGGAGGCUGGAAACAUGAGAAUUGCCCCGGAUAUUAGUGGCUGGGGUAUGGAGGGUGUUCACGGACGCCUUGCCGAGCCCCGCUUGCUGCCAGUUUUGAAUUGUGUGGUCAGCUGGACGUGCACUUGGUUGGCUCCCCACCAUAACUUUGUUACACGUGCUUUCCUUCAUUUACCAAAUCAGGCAAAGAAAUUGCUAGAAGAAUUUUACCAAAUACUUUGACUGAGACUCCACACAGGCUAAUCGGGAGAUGUGAAGUCACGGCUCUCGCGGUGCUCAGCUCCUCCCGAUUGCCCUAGUAACACUGUGCGGACUGGAAGGAAGAUGCUCUGGGCACCAUAACUCCUAUUUUCUGAGCUCAGCACAUGCUAAGCUUUGCCACAGCCUGGAAUAUCGGCAUACACCUUUCCAUUUUACACUGCAGAGACAAACUUUGUUUUAAAGGAGGGAUUAAGGGCCAGUGUGAUACUCUUCCAUGCGAAAUACUUGUACUUUCAAACCAACACAGAAUCCUGCUACAGACCGUGGCAGCCUCUGUAUCGCCAUAAGGAGAUUUCUGCCAAGAGUUCGUGAGGAAGCGUGGUGUUUGUAUUCCUGAGCCCAACGCUACGACCUCGCGGGUCCCUCACAACCACAUAGCAAUACAGUGUACACCCAACCUGAGCAUUAACUCUUGACAGCAUAAUGCCGAGACUUACGGACUAACCAUAACUGUGGGUUUGUGACAGAUCUACAUUGACCACAUUCUUGCUUUGCUUAGCAAAUGUAAAACCCUAGCGGUAUCAAUGUGUACACAGAGCUGAAUGAGAGGCUAAAGCCUUGCCCCUGCGAAUACUGAUGUUGGAUAGUGAGCAGAGCACAUGAUUUACCCUUUUAAAGAUAACUGCUUUCAUUUCUUAAACAGAUAGGUUGCAGGGCCUGAGUCCAUCAGACAAUACAAAAGCAGAGCAGUAUGUCUAGAACUAGUUUUGCUCUAUAAAGAGGUGCAGCUCUUAUACUGUCUCCAUUUAAAUAAAAGCUACAAUGUUGUUGUUAUGUGAUAUGUAGUUUUGGUACAAGAAUGAAAUAUUCUGUAUUUCAUCAUUGCAACUAUUUUUUAAACAGUGUAACCUUGUAAACUGUAAAUGUAUUUAAAUGCAUAUAUUUUGCAAGAAAUCUACCAAAGUUGGCUCGUUAUGUGGUUUGGUGCCUUUAUUUGUUUCAUGGUUACUUUAAUUUAAAUGAUAAUGUCCAACUCUGUUUGCCACCCAGCCCAUAGACACGCUGCACCCUCACUCAGCCCUCUUGUGUCUAGCAAAUGAGUCAACAGAUAGUAGCCCAAAUCCUGGACCUCACUCCCCCUUGCCUUGAAGAACUGAAACCCAGCCCCCACUGACAGGCGCGCCUGCGUGUGUCUGCACUGUGGAGCCUUCGCAAGUGCUGCAAGAUUCGGGCUCCGACCAAAAGGUGAAAUCAUGCAGGGCAGUUCAUGGCUGGCAUUUAAAAUCAAAUCAAAGCAGGUGUCUUGAGGCGAGGGAGGGAAACCCACGCCUUGGAAGGGAAAUUUGUUUAACAAGCCAAACUUCUUGAUAGAUAGCUUUGUGCCUCGGCAGUGCUGUAUCCGCUUCUAACCCAAGUCUGAAGCAGUCACACAAGGUGACCUCUUGGAAGAAGCCAGCGCCAAGUGUGCAUGUACUAGCCAGCACAGCAUCAUCCCACCAAAGACAUAACUGGCUGCUGACGUAACGAGGUCUCGCUGAGGGCAGCGGCAGCAGUGGGGCAGCGCCCAACAACAUUAGCAGGAAGUGGGGCCCAUUUUAAAAAAUAUUUUUAUAUUUAACAUCAUCCUUCAGUAUACUUAGUUGUUGCUGUGCUUCAAAAAAUAACCCAGGAGAACGCUGCUACUGGUGUCACUGGCUUCAGGGUAAAAGUCUACGUUGGGUUUUGCUAUGUUUUGUUUUCCAAGAGCAAAGACCGAGUCUUGACCUUUAAGACUUGGAAGUGCUCAGGAUCGGGCCUGAACCUCAUCCCAAUGAAAAGAGAAAUCUAUAGCACUUGUUUACUAUUUUUAUUUUGUAUUUAUGAUUUCACGUAAAAAUAAAAACAUCUAAACCAA